UCUUUCUCUCUCUGUAUAAUGGCACAGCAUCAUCUGCCCUCAUUUCUUUAUUCAGAAAGCCUGAAGUGCCAGGAGACUCAGCCAUGAGGUGGCGAGGAUACAGAUACAUCAGUUGUUUACUCUGAUUUUUUUUUACAGUCUUUGUAGUGAAAGUGCCGUGAUAAAGUAAGAAAUCGUUUUGGAUUCGGAGUAAAGCGGCGUUCGCGCAUCUCUGUCAGGUGAUUUGAUGUAGCCUAGUCUGUGAUCGGUGGCACAUCCGUGCAUAUACAACACGACCGCGCGAGAUAUUUAGACAUGUCGAGGAGCUGAAUUUGCAGGAUUGUGGUUAAACGUAACUGAGCAGGUUAGAAGAGGAAAAUUAAUCUGCAGCUCUGAGUCCAUAUGGGCUUUUUAGAGCUAUCCUAGAAACACCGACGUUCAGUUGCAUGGGGCUAUUUUCUCCUCUGCGAGCGGUUCUACUCCUGCACUGUCAUCUUGUUUUCACUACUUCAGAUAUAAUCAAGAGUGGCAAGAAUUACACCAAGACAUAUGAGAACAUCAUCCUUCUUUGCAAAAAGGAGAAGGUCAGAAUUGGAACCUGCUUGGUGGACCGUUUAAGAUGUUACUAUAGGAAAGACUGUGGCAGGGAGUACAUGUUGAUGAAACUGAUUUGUUCAGCGAGCUCAAACCUGAGCAGUCAUGCUCAUGAGUACCCAGACUGCCAAGAAGGGGGUAAUGAAACCAGCCUGCUGGUGUCCCCUCUGGUGGUGGCUGGCAUCGUCAUCGGCCUGGUGCUCUUCCUCUCCUGCGUCACCAUCAUCGUGGGCAGUCUGCGCAAAGACAGCCGCCUGCGCAACCCCCACCUGCAUGCCAGCUACGCUCCAGAUGGCCUCUCAUAUGGUGGCUCCAUUGGAGAGCUGAGGUCCACUUGUGUUGAGGACUUUCCCCCUGCGUUUGAUUUCGACUCCUACGUGGAGACAGUAUCUCAAGUCAACGUCGCGUACCCAGACUCCCCACCUCAUUAUGAUGAGUGUGUGGGACAAGGGACACAGAUAUAUGUUCCUGCGGACGAUCCGCCCCCCUACUCCCUCACAGACCCGUGCCUGGAGCAUCCCACCACACACCGUCACAGAGAGAUGGUGGAUCUGCUCGCUGGUGCGUCCUGGGUGUCAGCAAGUGGCUCUUCUCAUUACCCAAACAGACCACAGGACUUCAGGCUCCAGCCAAUCGCCUCCAUCUCUUUGUCAGCCUUACCUUUAGAUGAGGCGCCCCCAUACGAGGCAGUAGUGAGUGAACAAAACCACCCUCUUCCUCUGAUGCCCCUGGAUCUGCUCAAACACACUACGGCAGACAGCAGUCCACAGGACAGUGUUUCCCACACGAUCCUGUAAUGCGGGUCUCUCCUGCACACUCAUACGUCACUGUACCAAACCAGCUUGGAGAGGGACUCUGUUGUGUGGCUGGGGCCUUCUGAAUCGAGAGCUGAAACUGACACCUGCAGGAGCCCAUAAUUACCUCUCACUUCAGCCGACACAGACACUGCACCUCCUGUUUUCUGUGACACAGAGGGAGCUGCCAUGAGAGCACAGGGCUAUCGACCACUUUUUUGUGCGAAACCUCACCUUGUCUUUUGCUUAUAGUGUAAUAAGAUGUCAAUGUUUUUCUUCUUUUACUGGUAGACUGAUAGAUGAUUUCACAAGCGCCAAUUUCAGCAUCCAUUGAAGUUUGCCCUUCUGGAUGUCGGAAAAGAACAGAAAGCCUCUCAAUAAACCUGGGGCCGUAACAGAAAAAUGUACUAGUGCUGUCAAAUGAUUCAUCGCAUCCAAAAUAAACAUUUUUGUUUGCAUAAUAUACGUGUGUGUUCUGUGUAUAUUUAUUAUGUAUAUAUAAAUACACACACAUACGGUAUAUAUUUUGAAAAAUAUUUACGUCUAUAUACAUUUAUUAUUAAUAUUAUAAAAAUAUUUAAUAUAUAAACAAAACUUAUUUUUCUGAAAUAUAAACAUGCAUGUGUGUGUAUUUAUACAGUAUGUACAUAAUAAAUUACACCGUCCAUAUGCAUAUAUUAUGUAAACAAAAACUUUUAUUUUGGAUGCGACUAAUCGUGAUUAAUCAUUUGACAGCGCUAAUAUUCACAUAGGAAUAGACAUCUGUCUUUCUUUUUAGUGUUAAAAUGUGUGUUCCUGCAUGAGUGACUGAGUAUUUCCAACAGUAUUUCUGUUACAACUUUCCUGUUUUUUGUUUUUUUGUUUUCUGCUUUCUUUCUUUAAAAUUUUGGAUUGGUUUUAACUACACUAGUAAACAUUUGAAGCGGAUCAAAACCUUUUGUCAAAGUUGUCUUAAAGCCUAAAACCAGAAUGUGUUCUUAUCUUCGAAUAACUUUGAUUAACCUUUUUGAUUCACUUCAGAUGUUGACUACUAUAUUUACGUUUUGUAAACUGAAAGUUUUUUUUAAGAUGAUAUUUUGUAAAUUUAAUAACUAGCAAAGAGGAGAAAUUAUUACCUUUAAUAGAAAUUUGAAUGUCAUCAGAAAAUCAAUAUGCUUUUAAUCCAUACUUUUCAUUUCUUUUCUCCUUCACAUCAGUGGUUCUCAACCAGAGGGCCAGGGCCCACUAGGGAUCUAAACCAACCUUCAUGAUAUGUCUUAAUAUGAUUUCAAUUUUGUUAUAUUAACAUUAUCUUAAAAGAAUAUUUCUCUAAAAAAAAUUUAAUUUGCUUAAAAAUGACAAACCCUCAGAACAUCCAGAAUGUAGAUGAGUGUGUCUUCAUCUGAACAGAUUUUGAGAAAUUUAGCAUCACAUCACUUGUUCACCAAGGAUCCUCUACAGUGAAUGGGUGCCGCCAGAAUGAGAGUCCAAACAGCUGAUAAAAACAUCACAAUAAUCCACAAGUAAUCAACGUGACUCCAGGCCAUCAGUUAACAUCUUGUAAAUAUUGUCUUGGACAAAGGUUGAGAACCACUGUUUUACAUCUAUUUCAUAGAUCACUGUGAUGUAUUUAGAUUUCCUUCUGUUUGCAGAGACUACUGUUUUCCUCAAGUCUCAAAUGCACCUGAAGAUCUUAUUAGGAGAACAGUAGAUGUGUGACAAGUGAUAUCAAGCUUAAUAGAUACAACAAUACAAACUAUAGUUAGAAAGGGCUUUAGGGAACUUUAGGGAACCAAAGGGUGUAAAACAACUGUUCUCCUAAACUGCAUUGAUGCUGUGUACAUUAGAACAUAAGAGCUGAGACUGGUAACCAAGUAGCUCAACUGCAAAGCCAUUGUAGCAUUGACGUCAAUAUGAAAUAAAACAUAAGAUAGUUCUUGCUGGACACAUGCUGUGCUUCCAAAACAUUUAUGUAUUAGAUUUGUUUCUGUUUUUGGUCGAACAUUGCCCACUUUAUUCAUUGUAACACAGUGGCUUCGCCACAUGCAUGUUUCUAAUAUACAAUGUGCCUAUUAAUCCACGACUGUUAGAUUAACAUGCUAAAGUGAAGAAAAUUUCAUUCCAAAACACAUAUAUACAUACAGUCACCUAAAGGAUUAUUAGGUGCACCUGUUCAAUUUCUCAUUAAUGCAAUUAUCCAAUCAACCAAUCACGUGACAGUUGCUUCAAUGCACUUAGGGGUGUGGUCCUGGUCAAGACAAUCUCCUGAACUCCAAACUGAAUGUCAGAAUGCAAAAGAAAGGUGAUUUAAGCAAUUUUGAGGGUGGCAUGGUUCUUGGUGCCACACGGGCCAGUCUGAUUAUUUCACAAUCUGCUCAGUUAUUGGAAUUUUCACGCACAACCAUUUCUAGGGUUUACUGUGACUGAAAUAAACACUCGUUACAACAGAGGUAUGCAGCAAAGCAUUUGUGAAGCCACAACACGCACAACCUUGAGGCGGAUGGGCUACAACAGCAGAAGACCCCACCAGGUACCACUCAUCUCCACUACAAAUAGGAAAAAGAGGCUACAAUUUGCAUGAGCUCACCAAAAUUGGACAGCUGAAGACUGGAAAAAUGUUGCCUGGUCUGAUGAGUCUGGAUUUCUGUUGAGACAUUCAGAUGGUAGAGUCAGAAUUUGGCGUAAACAGAAUGAGAACAUGGAUCCAUCAUGCCUUGUUACCACUGUGCAGGCUGCUGGUGGUGGUGUAAUGGUCUGGGGGUUGUUUUCUUGGCACACUUUAAGCCCCUUAGUGCCAAUUGGGCAUUGUUUAAAUGCCACGGCCUACCUGAUUAUUGUUUCUGACCAUGUCCAUCCCUUUAUGACCACCAUGUACCCAUCCUCUGAUGGCUACUUCCAGCAGGAUAAUGCACCAGGUCACAAAGCUCGAAUCAUUUCAAAUUGGUUUCUUGAACAUGACAAUGAGUUCACUGUACUAAAAUGGCCCCCACAGUCACCAGAUCUCAACCCAAUAGAGCAUCUUUGGGAUGAGGUGGAACGGGGGCUUCGUGCCCUGGAUGUGCUUCCCACAAAUCUCCAUCAACUGCAAGAUGCUAUCCUAUCAAUAUGGGCCAACAUUUCUAAAGAAUGCUUUCAGCACCUUGUUGAAUCAAUGCCACAUAGAAUUAAGACAGUUCUGAAGGUGGAAGGGGGUCAAACACAGUAUUAGUAUGGUGUUCCUAUUAAUCCUUUAGGUUAGUGUAUAUUUAUUUAUAUAUUUAAAAGCUGCCCAGAAAUGACACUGCAUGACACCUCACCUCUAUUCUCGCCACUUUCCCUCAGCACGAAAGUAAAUACUUACAGAAAAGAGGGUCUAUAAGGGAUUUUUACAUUGAAUUUGAUGCAUGAAUGUGUUUCUUUUGUAGUGAAAAGCAGCACAAAGCAGAAAUGAAUAUUUAAUGGCCCACUAUUAUUUAUUUAUUGUACUUUGGAUGGAUGGACUCAUGUUACAGUACUUUUGACUUCCACCAAUGUUUAGUUAAAAAGUUUAUACUCAUCACAUUAAGAAGAAAAGCUACUUUUCCAGUAAUAACACAUCUGAAGUAGCAUUACAAGGUCAUUUUGUAGAUGUCGAGUCUGUCUCUUUCUGCACAUAUAGCUCUGUAAAGAUGUGAGCUGUAUCGGUCAACACCUUAGAUGAAGAAAUGGUCCAGAUGUUCUAUGAUGUAAUGAGUAGAGGUGGGUUAGCUGCUGCCACCACACUGUAAUAAUAUUAAUAAUCUGUAAACCCUCGAGUCUAAUGGAAUAGUUCACCCAAAUAUGAACAUUUGCAGAGAAUGUACCCUUACACCAUCCAAGAUGUAGAUAGUUUGUUUCUUCAUCGGAACAGAUAUGGAGAAAUUUAGCAUUACAUAAUUUGCUUACCAAUGAAUGGGUGUAAAACAUCACAAUAAUCCACAAGUUAUCAACAUGACUCCAGUACAUAAAAUAACUAUAUUGUGAUGUGAAAAGCUGCGCAUUUGUAAGAAAGAUUUCAAGGCAUUGUAACUUUAAACUGUCUCAUCUGUCCAAAACAUAAUAAUACUGAAAAAGUCAUUUUACAUCAAAAUCCACUAACAUAUUUGUUUAGAACUGUUUUGGUUCGUUUACAGACUUGACUACUUUUUUCACUGAAAGCAAUAGUAUAGAUAGAGGACUCAUAUUUUAGUCAGAAGCAAGAGUCUGAAGUAAAAAAAAUGUUUUAUAUAAGAAUUUGUUUAUUACAAGCGCAGCUUUUUGCUUCACAGGGUUGAUCAACUGGAGUUGUGUUGAUGCUGAAUUUCUUCAAAUCUUUUCUGAUAAAGUAACAUCCUCAGGCCAUCCAAUAUGUAGCUGAAUUUGAGUAUUUUCAGUAGUUUUUCAUUUUGGGAUAAAGUAUUCCUCUCAUUCACACUUGUUAGCAAGACUGUAACCAGUCUGUGUGCGUAAAGAUAAAAUAAAGUUCAAAUAAACACAUGCGGUACAGAUUUAGAGGAAUAUUGCCAAAUUCUCAAAGAAGAUCUGUUUCCCAUUUGUCACAUAGUAUUUAUUUUUCUGGGUUUUGUGAAUUUUAGCUUCAUCUAGUGAGUUGAUAUUGAGGAAAUUCACUUUUAACUGUCUUACAUUUGUGUGCUAAACUAUUUUGCCAGUUUCUUUAGACCACACGGAUAUGUUUCUCGCAAGAGAAUAGCACCAUAGCAUUGAAACCCAUUGUAAAUGUUGACUUACAUUUAAUGAAAUCAUGGCAAAUGUGUCUGAAAUCUCUGUUCAAUAUGUUGUGGUCGGUUGUCCAAAGUGAUAAUGCUGUUUCAUAUAGCUGCAGAUCCUGAUGUAUGUUUUGUAUUAGAGUCUUUAUUCCUUUACCACUGUAUCCUCUGAAUAAAUAAUAAAUUAAAAAAACACAAGGCUUCUAUCUA